CCCACAGCCCGCCCAGGCGAUUGGACCCAGCCACUGAGGCUACGCCGGGAAAGGGCGUGACGCACCGGGGGCGGGGCCGCGCACGCAAUUCAGGCGGGCCUCGGGGAAGGAUGUAGGGAACGGAAAAUGGCGCCUCGCUGGCAGGGCAAUGUUACGAGCCUGGCGCCCGGGGUUGCGGCCCUGCUCCUCGCUCUGGGCGCGGGAAGGGCUCUGGCGCUACCCGAGAUAUGCACCCAAUGUCCAGGGAGUGUGCAAAAUUUGUCAAAAGUGGCCCUUUAUUGUAAGCAGACAUCAGAGCUAAUGCUGCAUGCCCGUUGCUGCCUGAAUCAGAAGGGCACCAUCUUGGGGCUGGAUCUCCAGAACUGUUCUCUGAAGGACCCUGGUCCAAACUUUCCUCAGGCACAUACUGCUGUCAUCAUAGACCUGCAAGCAAAUCCCCUCAAGGGUGACUUGGCCAACACCUUCCGUGGCUUUACCCAGCUCCAGACUCUGAUACUGCCACAAGAUGUCACCUGUCCUGGAGGUAUUAAUGCCUGGAAUACUACUACCUCUCAUAUAGACAAUCACAUCUGCCAAGGACAAAAGAACCUUUGCAAUAGCACUGGAGACCCAGAAAUGUGUCCUGAGAAUGGAUCUUGUGCACCUGAUGGUCCAGGUCUUUUGCAAUGUGUUUGUGCUGAUGGCUUUCAUGGUUACAAGUGUGCACGCCAGGGCUCCUUCUCACUGCUUAUGUUCUUCGGGAUUCUGGGAUCCACCACACUGUCCAUCUCCAUUCUGCUUUGGGGGACCCAGCGCCGAAAAGCCAAGAUUUCAUGAACCACAUAGGUCUUACUACUGACCUAAGACCAUCCUGAUCCAUCUUAGCCCUUCCAGGGAGAUUUGCUUCCUAGACAGGCAUCAUGGGCCAGCAGAUCGUCCUCAAGUGUGAGGCCAUUAGAAGGAAGAUGGAAAAUUGCACUACCCUGGAGUGCACUUGUACCAGUUCCCAUUUGUGCUGUUGCCUGUAAUAAACACUUUUUUU